GCCUCCAGCAUGAAGCUUACCUGGGACAUCAACGACCCUAAGCUGCCGCAGGAGCCCGAGCGCUUCGAUGCCUUCCAAGAGUGGCCGGACGGCUACGUGCGCCUCAUCUACUCCAGCGAGGAGAAGAAUGCACAGCGGCACCUGAGCGGCUGGGCCAUGCGCAACACCAACAACCACAACUGCCAGAUCCUGAAGAAGUCCUGCCUGGGGGUCGUGGUGUGCGCGGGGAGCUGUGCCCUGCCCGGAGGUGCCAGGCUGCAGCUGCGGCCCGCCAUCUGUGACAAGGCGCGGCAGAAGCAGCAAAAGAAAGCCUGUCCAAACUGCAAUGCAGCCCUCCAGCUCAUCCCUUGCCGUGGGCACAGUGGCUAUCCUGUCACCAACUUCUGGAGGCUGGAUGGCAAAGCAAUAUUUUUUCAGGCUAAAGGAGUCCACGACCACCCUAGACCAGAGAGUAAAUUGGAGGCAGAGGCAAGACGAAGUGCAAUUAAGAAGCAAAUGUUUUCUUCUCAGAAUUCCCAGAAAAAGAGACUUCUAAACACACAGGCUGGAAGAUAUCAUGAUAGCAGUGGUUAUGUCAGUAACAUGCAAAAUCUGCCCUCCAUAGAUGUCCCAGAAAGAGUCAGCAUCAUCACAGACACCAGUUUUUCAAUUCCAGCUCAGUCUUACCCUUUGCCACAAAAUACUGACCUCUACAAGAUGCCUUAUGACUCAGCCAGCUUCCAAGAGGACCAGGUGUUGCCAUACCAGAAGUGCCCCAAUCCUAGAAUCUAUGUGCCCAGGCCAUGUAGUUACGAGUUUGGAGUUCCUUCCUUCAUUGGCUCCAGCCCUUAUUCAUCAUGUUAUAAAGAUCCAGCAAAUCCUCCCCUCGAUGCCGACCCUAUCAGUUUGAAUGGAUCUCACUAUAAUUCCUUGACAAGCAUUGACAAGAGCUUUGACCAUACUGGUAGGCAUUAUGGACUGAAACCAAUCUGGGGGAAAACUGGCAGUGGAGACAGGAGCGACUAUGGUCAGAUGCAAACAAGCACUAACCACCCUUAUUAUGGUGGUGAGUACUCUGGCAAAUAUGGUCCCAGUCCUUCUCCCAUGGCCCCACCACUACAGACUGUCAUCACAACCACCACAAAGGUGUCCUACCAGGCCUACAAGCCAUCCAUGCUGAAAUACAGUGAGAACCUCUGUGAUAUGAAAAACCUUCAGAGCUAUACACAUGUGGCUGAAAAUGUCUCAGGCACUAUCUAUUCAGGGAUGAAGAUUCAGGAAGACUUUGGGAUGAUCAAGUCAGCAUUGCUCUACCAGCACGACCCAAUCACCACAAAGUCCGAACCAGGUGAGAGCGUGGAGGCCUAUCGGUAUGGCUUACCGCUGGGGAACAGCUAUGCUGAGCAUGAAGGACAAGCCUUAAGGUUUGAAAGUGCUGAAUAUUGACUAAAUGUUACCUAAAUUCUAUUGAGAUUGUCAACUGGGAAAUUAAUGGUUGCACUAAUGGUACGUUGUUUGAGAUUUGAGGAGGUGUGAGAAAGCAGUGUGUUGUUGCUUUCUGGAGCUGAAUAAAGCAUAUUUCCCCCACCAAAAAAAAAUAUAUAUAUAUCAAUAUGUGUACCUCUAAAAUAGUAUGAGAGGUCCAGACAUGACUGGGAGAUGGUGGUGUGGGGAUAAAGCACCUCAGGAAGUAAGUAGCCUCUUGUAAUGGAAACUGUGAUCUGCUUACAGCCACUGCCCCUGCCAGUGAUUAUAGAGAAAGUGCUCCAACUCAGAAAACACACCCCAGGUAAUUGAAAAAGAGAAUAGGAGAGGUUAUAGAUUACAGCCAGUGGAAAGAAAUGUCAGUGAGACAAGUUGCAGGAUAAUUAACCUGAAUGCUCUAUCCACCUGCCAUGAUCUAUGUUAUGAAUGCAAAAAGUAGUGGGCUAGAGAAAUGAUAAACCUGCACGGAAACUGGAUUUUUGUUUAAAAGCAGCAGGUGAAUGUGAACAAACCUUGUCAAUUACUACUACUCUUCUCUCUGCCUCACCAUUAGGUCUUCCUCUUUCCUCCAAAGGACUUUUACUAGCAAUUCCUAACCCUCACCCCUAUCCCCUCUGACAGUGGUGUUCUCCUGGGAAUAAAGCAACAAAGCAAGAGGUCAAAAGCCAAAAUUUUCUGAGACCUUGAGCUAAACAAAGAAAACGUGAGAACUUGCACCUCCAGGCUCUCAGCUAACAAAACCCUUCUCCAGUAGGCCCAGAAGAAGACAGCACUGCUGGUUUCAAUUUACAUAUUUUGGAAGCUGCCAUCUAGUGCUGUUUAAUGAAACCGGAACAGUAUGCCUAGCAAGAAAGCUAUGUAGGCAGGGAUUUGGUCGAGGUGACAGCAUUAAUUAUUAGCUACUGAGUAUUUUAACUUUUUAGGCACUCAAAUAUUUUUGAAAAUGUUUUUGUAUAUUUUUGCUGUUUUGAGUAAGUGUAUGCUACUGUAUGCUUUUAAUAAACAUGCAUUUAAACACAAAACAACAUGUAAUCUAACACAAGCGGUUCACUAGUUGGCUUCAAUCUGCAGAAUCUUGCAGUGCUGUCAUCAAACUAAUAACAAAAUGUUAUUUGUAUGGUAUGGUGUCCAGACACUUGGGUUUGUCAUUAUAUUUGGUGUACUGCUUUUUUAACUUUGUAUUUUUUAUGAGAACAUGCACGCAGUCUGAUACUUGCAAUAGAAUUGCACAGCAAAUUAACCAGCACCAUUCAGCAGUGGAUUGAUCAGCAUUUUAAAAGCUCAAGCCACUUGAAGCUGGUAUUUAUGAAGUGACUAAAUGAAUUCAUCUACAUCAAGCUUACGUCCAUUUCUAGUGCAUUUGCUGUCUGCCUCACCAGGCUCUUUUUAGAUUUUUGUGGCAGUUCUACAAGGUGGUUUAGAUUACAGAAAUGAGUCAGGUGAGCAACAUCAGUUACAUAAUUAGCCUACACACUAAGCUAAGAAAAUGGCAAGUUGCUGCCCAGGAAAUUUGAAUCAAAUUUUGGGCUCAGAAACAUGCAACACCAUACACAGAAUUGGAACUUCUUAUCUGUACUCCCAAACGUAUCAAGUCAGUUUGGGAGUAGAAUAAAAAUAGAAUAAAAAGAUAAAGCUGCCUAACAUUUGAAGAAAUAUGGAGGUAUAUAGGUGGGGAGAGGGAUUAAGGUCAAGCAAAACGGCUGGAAAGAGAUUCACAGAAGAUCUCAGAGUCAAAGAGUUUUAAAGAUGUAAGCUACCCCAUUUUGUACUGGCUUUAGAGAAAUCAGAUGACUGUGACUCUACCUCCAGAUGUGAUAAAAAUGCCAGGACAAGCUGUGGGGUUUUUUUUUGCUGUUAAUAUACUGGUAUAAAGCUUGUUGCUGUAUCUGCAUGCUUAAAUUCUUAUGCUAUGCUCUCAAAACACAGCCUUUUAAGCAGAACUUUGUACAUCAGCUGAGUAAAUGCAGAAAACUGUCAAAAUGCUACUUUUUGGGUGGUAGACUUCUGUCUGAUAAACACAACAGCUGUUUAAGCACAGUACAAAGAUAUGGUGGCAAUUAGCUCACUGUAUCACCUGUGGCCCUCAAACAAGUAAAACCUCUCUGAAGAUUA